CCCCCUCCUUACUGCUCUAUAAAAGGGACCCUACCAGCUUCUGGCUCUCAGCCUGGUGCAGGUGCAGGUGCAGGAAGGAGAGGCCAGAUCUCGGGGCAGAGCACACAGGCCACGGCAGAGGAAGGCUAGCAUGCCACCCAACCUCAAACUCCAGUGCCACUUCGUUCUCAUCUUCCUGGCUGCUCUGAGAGGGAAUGGCAGGUACCUAGAGCUCCAAGAAGCGGCGGACUACGACCCUUUCCUGCUGUUUAGCGCCAACCCGAAGCGGGACGUGGCCGGGGAGCAGCCUUACAGCCGCGCGCUGCGGUGCCUGGACAUGCUGAGCCUGACUGGCCAGUUCACCUUCACCGCGGCGCGGCCGCAGCUGCACUGCGCCGCCUUCUUCAUCGGCGAGCCGGAGGAGCUGCUCUCCAUACACUUCGACCUGGUGUCCAUAGACUGCGCGCGCGGGGACAUCCUGAAGGUAUUUGAUGGCUGGAUCCUCAAGGGAGAGAAAUUCCCCAGUUCCCAGGAUCAUCCUCUCCCCACCACUGAUCGGUACAUGGACUUCUGUGAGAGUGGCUUCAGCCGAAGGAGCAUCAGAUCCUCUCAGAAUGUGGCCAUGAUAUUCUUCCGGGUCCAUGAACCAGGAAAUGGGUUCACAUUAACCAUAAAGACAGAUCCCAACCUUUUUCCUUGCAACGUCAUCUCUCAGACCCCAAAAGGAAGGUUCACCCUGGUGGUUCCUCGCCAGCAUCGGAACUGCAGCUUCUCCAUUAUUUAUCCAGUGGUGAUCAAAAUAUCGGAUCUCACCCUGGGACAUGUGCACAGUCUUCGGUUAAAAAAACCCUCAGCAGGCUGUGGGGGAAAAGGAGACUUCGUGGAGCUGCUGGGAGGUACUGGCCUGGACCCUUCCAAGAUGAUGCCUUUAGCUGAUCUCUGCUACCCCUUUCAAGGCCCUGCCCAGAUGAAAAUUGGCUGUGACAACUCUGUGGUGCGCAUGGUCUCUAGUGGAAAGCACGUCAAUCGUGUGACGUUUGAAUAUCGCCAGCUGGAACCAUAUGAACUGGAGAACCCAACUGGAAACAGCAUCCUGGAAUUCUGCUUGUCUGGUCUUGAAACACCAGCUCCACAACCACCAUGCUGCUAG